GUUUCCACAGAAGUGCAAUUAAAGUCUUCAAGAGCGUAUUCAAACAAAGAACAUUGAUGGACAGUGUAUAAGAUGUUGAAUCUCAUCAUCCUGAUUCUUUGCCUCCAAGCGGAUCGUAGGGUAGCUGCAGGACAGACAUGGACGGUAGAAAUUCCUGAAGCUGUGACUGCGUUGGAGAGCUCCUGUGUUGUAGUUCCUUGUAGAUAUGACUAUCCACACCAAGGAGGCAUCAGUAGCUGGGAAGGACGAUGGUACCUUGCUCCAAGUGACGUCUAUGUGUAUGACCAAGAUUCUUCAACAGUGGAUGCUCGUUUCCGGACACGCACCACCCUGGUAGGGCAGUUACGCGAGAAGAACUGUUCACUUCAGAUAACUGACAUGAAGAAGGCUGACCAAGGAGAGUAUUGGUUUAGAAUUAUGAUGGAAGGAUACAACUCCUAUUCCUAUUCUGAUUAUAAAGUGCCCAUCUCAGUCAAAGCUGAGCCUGAUCGUCCAUCAUUAUCUCAAGUGAAAAAGGAAUUGAGGUCUGGAGAAAAUGUAACUGUUUCCUGUUCCGCAUCUCAUUCUUGUCCCACUCACCCUCCCACCAUUACCUGGAGCCGUCACGGCACGGUCACCAUCCAAUCACAGCCACUGACGGGGGGACAACAUAAACUAACCUCCACCUUGUCCUUUAAUGCCGACGCCUCGGACCACCAACGGCCAAUCACAUGCUCUGUACAGCAUCAUGGCGGGAAGAAAGCCAUCAACUCUGUCACCCUCAAAGUGAAAUAUGCCCCAGUUAAUGUAACAAUUUCCCCAUGGGAACCCUCGGUGCUUGAGAACGGCUCCAUCACCUUAAGCUGCUUGGCUGAAGGAAACCCUCAAGUUACCAGCUACCAGUGGCGCGAUGGGACCGGGCCUCUGUCUGCACAGGGCAAAUCCCUCACACUGCCCAGUGUCACCAGACGCACCCACGCCAUCACCUGUGUCGCCACGAACCGUGAAGGAGAGACUGCUUCCAGACCCAUGCGGAUUAAUGUGGAAUAUCCUCCAGAAAUAUCUGAGCAGUCUUUCUGCACCAGCGGCCACCAAGGCACUCAGUGCAGCUGCACUGUUCACUCCAAUCCCCCCUCGACUGUGCGGUGGCUCUGGGACAGCUCUGGGACAGGGGACAGCGGAAAGCAUGAAUCUCCUCAGAUAAAGAAUGGCACCACGGCUGUGGCGAUGGAUCUUCUUCCGCCCGAUCUUCACCAGGCAGUGUGCGCGGCCAGGAACAAACACGGCGAAAAAAUGAAAAUACUCCACGUCAAAAAUGACCUGCUGUAUGUGUACAUAUCAGUGGGCGUAGGCUGCGCUUUGAUGCUCCUCCUGACCGGCUUCUGUCUCAGUCGCAGGAAGUGCCGUAGGAAACAGCAGCAGAAUUUGGAACGAGGAAAAUGUGAAACACAAAAUCCUGUCUACAGUUCACAUAGGGGGAGAAAAGGAGGAAAGCCACGCUGCAAAUCAGAAGAUGAAGAUGUGUUUGAUAAUGAAGCUAUGCAGGAUGCUGACGACGAUAGAGAGAUCUACGCAAACACUUCUCAAGGGUGCGGUGCAGACGAUGACAUUUACGCCAAUUGCUAGAGCCAGUGGAGCCACAAAGGAGCUGUGUAGAAGAAUCCACCUGCAGUCCCAAGACCUCCAGAGACCCCAUGAGGGGAACUCUUGUAAUCCGACAUCACACAAAAAACACAGUUAUAAUCACACAAACAAGAAGACACAACAUUAUAUUGUAUAUGUUUAGUGUGUCAUGAUAUUUUUCACUUUUUGCCAAUACAUUACACAAUACAGACUUGAGAAAAA